AAAGAACUAAAAUCCACAUCCCUGUAGGAGAAGGAUAAACCAGAUUGCUAGUAUAAAUAGAGCCAAACCGUACUAUCAUAACUCAUAAAUAAUCAAUAAUAAAUCAAUGGCUAAUGUAAAGAUCUCGAAACGCAGAAUUCAUUCUACUGCAAAUCGGUUUAACAAAUUUCCUACAGAAAUUUUAACCGAAAUUCUUGCAAAAGUGGCUUCUACAUCAGCCAUUGAUCUCGUCAAAGCGAAAAUAAGCUGCAACGAGUUUCUUCAAGCAGCAUCAGACGAUUACGUCUUCCAGAACCUCAACAUUGAGUCUUUUCCCGUCAUACCUUGGACAACAACAACAAAUGGCGCCUCAAAUUUACUAGAAAACUGCAAGAAGUGCGGAAAUCCAGAAUCGUUAUUCCGGCAAGGAAUUAUCAAAUAUUUCAGCAAUAACUUAGAUAUUGAUUCUGGACUUGAAUGCUUAAAAAAAGCAGCUACCAAAGGACAUACAGUUGCUACGUACGUAUACGGUAUAAUUCUCGUAUGCUACGGCGGCGAACGGAGAAACGAAGGAUUAAAGUUACUUUUCGAGUCGGGCUCGAACUUGAUUGUGGACGAAUGCAGAGAAAAGGUAAGAAAAACUAUAAAUGGGAUGUGGGUGGAUAAUUUUAUAGUUGGAUUUGGACCAGCUCAAGAAGAAGAAUUUAAGAGGAAAUUGGAAAAUUGUAACUGUAAAAAUAAUUUACCGCUAUGCUCUUCGACUACUAGACCUCGUAAGAAAUUAUCAAUUUGGGAAUUAUCGAAUGACCAAGAAUUUGAAGAUGACAAAUUUUCUUGCCAAGCUUGUUUAUGGGAUCUUGAAGCAAUUAGGUUUUGUAAUUUCUUAAGAACAAAAUGUUUCACUACUCCUUUUAAGUUUUAGUUUCUUGAUUGUAUUCAAUUCUUUUAGGGUUUGAUUAAAUUAGUAAUUCAAUUUAUUCAAUUUUAAUUUUAAA